CAGCCCCCUCUCUCUCUCCCCUCCAGUGGUGGGUCUUGAUAUCCAGGAUGAGAUAGGUCAUCAUGAGGUGGGGCACAUAGACAACUCCAUGAAGGUUCCUCUCAACCAUGGAUAUGGUUGUCGCUUCGAGGGAAAAUAAGGAGACACUGCUGACCCCCAUUACACAGACCUCUGAUCAAGAUGGCGCCGACAGAGAUGGUCCUUAAAAAACUAUGCAGUUGUUCUGUUUUUUUUUUUUUGGUAUUAUUUCUGACAUUGUUAGCCUAGAAAACCUCACGUCUUAUUACACACACAGCAGGGAAGAAUUAUUAUAAAAGAGAUGUCAACCCCCCCCCCCCUCCCCAAACAGAUCCCUCGACGGCCCUGAAAGACCUUCACUGGACUCUAUGUAAACUGGAAACCAUACAUCCUGAGGUGGCAUUUAUUGUAGCUGGGGAUUUUAACAAAGCCAAGAAUUUAGGAAGUUUUUAGGUUCUAUCAGCAUAUCAAAUGCACAACGAUUUUUCUGGAUCAUUGCUACUCGAACUUCCGCGAUGCAUCCAAAGCCCUUCGGCAAAUCCGACCACGAUUCCAUUUUGUUGCUCCCAGCCUAUAGACAGAAACUAAAACAGGAAACGCCCGUGCUCAGGUCAAUACAACACUGGUCUGACCAAGCCGCGUCCUCAGAGGAUGCGCAGACCAGCUGGCUGGUGUGUUUACGGACAUAUUCAACCAAUCCCUAUCCCAGUCUGUUGUCUCAACAUGCUUCAAGAUGGCCACCAUUGUUCCUGUUCCCAAGAAAGCUCAGGUCCACAGACGAUGCAAUCGGCAUCACACUGCACACUGCCCUAUCCCAUCUGGACACGUCAGAAUGCUGUUCUUUGACUACACAGGGUCUCGACUGGGUCCUGGAAUUUCUGACAGGCCGCCCCAAGGUAGUGAAGGUAGGAAACAACAUCUCCACCCCGCUGAUCCUCAACACUGGGGCCCCACAAGGGUGCGUUCUCAGCCCUCUCCUGUACUCCCUGUUCACCCACGACUGCGUGGCCAUGCACCAACCUCAGGAGGCUGAAGAAAUUUGGCUUGUCACCUAAGACCCUCAAACUUUUACAGAUGCACAAUUGACAGCAUCCUGUCGGGCUGUAUCACCGUCUGGUAUGGCAACUGCUCCGCCCCCAACCGUAAGGCUCUCCAGAGGGUAGUGAGGUCUGCACAACGCAUCACCGGGAGCAAACUACCUGCCCUCCAGGACACCUACAGGACCCGAUGUCACAGGAAGGCCAAAAAGAUCAUCAAGGACAUCAACCACCCGAGCCACUGUCUGUUCACCCCGCUAUCAUCCAGAAGGCGAGGAGUACGUAGCCUAUAGCCACACAGGAAUGAUUAUCCCAGCUAUCUGGUAUCGCUAUGACCUCAGUCCAAUCACAGUCAAGUACACAGAGAAGAGACAACCCUUCUACUGGUUCAUAACUAUGAUCUGUGCCAUCACAGGGGACGUUCACGGUAGCAGGCAUCAUAGACUCCUGUAUAUUCACAGCCUCCGAGGCCUGGAAGGAGAUCCAGAUAGGAAAGAUGUCCUGAGGACGUAUCACUACGCUGUCCCGAGGAUGUAUCACUACGCUGUCCCGAGGACGUGUCACUACGCUGUCCCGAGGACGUGUCACUACGCUGUCCCGAGGACGUGUCACUACGCUGUCCCGAGGACGUGUCACUACGCUGUCCCGAGGACGUGUCACUACGCUGUCCCGAGGACGUGUCACUACGCUGUCCCGAGGACGUGUCACUACGCUGUCCCGAGGACGUGUCACUACGCUGUCCCGAGGACGUGUCACUACGCUGUCCCGAGGACGUGUCACUACGCUGUCCCGAGGACGUAUCACUACGCUGUCCCGAGGACGUAUCACUACGCUGUCCCGAGGACGUGUCACUACGCUGUCCCGAGGACGUGUCACUACGCUGUCCUGAGGACGUAUCACUACGCUGUGACGAGGACAUAUCACUACGCUGUCCUGAGGACGUGUUUCUAGCAUCCAGAAGGGUGCAUCUCAAUAGUCUACAGGCCUCCUCUCCUUCACCUGCUAGAAUAAGAAUAAUAUAUACCUUUUAGCUGACAGUCUUUUCCAAAGCAUUCAUGGUACACAUUUUUUAUUUAUGGGAGGCCCCAACGGGAAUCGAACCCACCAUCCUGGUAUUAGAAGUGCCAUGCUCUACCCACUGAGGCAUACAUUCCUUCAUCUGUCAGAGCAGAUUAAGGCAAGGAGACAAGGAGACAAGACUUUAUACAAUUGAGAUAGAGACUGGCAUUAUAUUUCCCCGUACGACAACGGGAUGGUCGACUGUAGGAACAUUAAAGUUGUGCCUUUAGGUUUGUGACCUAAAUGUCGUGUCUCACAAAUGUACAUCAAGUGUCUUUUCAGCGUUCUGUAAAUGUGAUUUUCUUAUUGUCAUUUCUUAAUGCUGAAUCUGUCACGGUAUUGGCUGAAUUAUAGACCAGCAACAACGUUGCCAAUCAGCGGUCAGUGUUUUCUGCCCCGCCUCCACUCCUUUUUCCUAGAAUGUUUCCCACAAUGCAUUGUGACUGACCGUACUGUCUGUUCAGUGUCUCAUCCUUCUGUUCUGACAUUGUUUUUUCAUUCACACAUUUUGUUUUUGUUUCUGGAACAUUUUUAAAGGAUUCGUAUGUCUUAUUUUUUUGCCAAAAAAGAAUAGUCACUUCUUAGUUUCGUAUUAUAUUUGACACUGUCUGUAUGUAAAUGUGUUGUGUUCUUUUGAUUUGAAAUGGAUAACAAUUCGGUAUUAUCCGUUUGGCCUUGUUUCUGUGGGAAGGGAACUGUUUUUAGUUAGGGUGACAUUUGGGAUAUAGCCCCUUCUAUUGCCAAUGUAGUGCAUGACUUUUUAGACCAGGGCCCAUAAAGCUAUCAUCAAAGUAGUGCACUACACAGGGAAUAGGGUGCCAUUUGGGAUUCGGAUGACAUUUGGGAUAUAGCCCCUUCUAUCGCCAAUGUAGUGCAUGACUUUUUAGACCAGGGCCCAUAAAGCUAUCAUCAAAGUAGUGCACUACACAGGGAAUAGGGUGCCAUUUGGGAUUCCCAUUCAAGAUGUUCUUUAUCAAUGGUCUCAUCGCUACCAUGCCAACUAAGAUGAAGGCCAUUGAAGUCUUUGUUAAAACUGGUAUUUCUGGACUAGGUCAGACAUGUUCCUGUUAUGAAAGAAUCCGAUGACAUCACUGAAACAACCCGUUGUACUUACCAGUACAGUUACCGUAGCAACCGCGGUGUUCUAGGUCCUACUUCCUCAUGACAACAGACAAGCACUGACCUCAGACUACUCAGGCGCCUUCCUUUUAGAGACGGAUCUAGUUACUCACUGUCCUUACCCAAUCGGCCUGGAAUAUUCCAAGCCAAUGAAAACGUGUUGCAUAAAACUGACACUAUUAUUUAUAAAAAAAAUUUUAUACAGA